AUGGAUGAGAAGAGAAACUGGAGAAAAGGAAAGAAGAAUCAUCUUUAUAUUUCUGCAACAAGAAAGAAAAAUAAAGCUACUCAUCUCAAAGCAUACUGGAGUCAAAGGAAAAAAACUAUACCUAAACAAAACAAUGUCAAUGAAGAAUUGGAAAACCAGAGCCUAUCAAGAAUUCACUGCAGCCAUCAAGCACUGAUUGAAAACGAAAUAACUUCCGGAGUGCAUGAAGAAAGCUAUCCGGCAAAGAAAAAAAUUAAACUUGAUAGCUGCAUUUAUCAAGUUCCGGAAGGCAGAGACUCACGAAGUCACCUUGGCAGCCAGGGAGUAAAUAAGGCACAAGAAAUUUCUUCAAGAGAAAAUGACACUUCAGAUGAAGAGAAUAACUACUCUGUAGCCAAUGUCCUGCACAAUGAAGAUGGACAGUGUAUGUAAGUCCCUUAGGCCACUUUAAAAAUAAGUUAAUUACAA